GUUCCACCUUACAUUCAUUUUCCGCGUCGUUGGAGUGGUAGCGGCGACACUAGGUAGCUCAUCGGAUCACGCGUUGACCGCCUGCGAACACAUCAAUAUUCAAGUUUCACGAGCAGUGACUUUCUCACCAUCCAUUAGCUCCCAGAAAUCAACUUUCAAGUCCCAGAAACACAAUGUCAACUCAACGCUUUGAUCCCAACAACGCUCAAAAUCUCGUUGAGAUAGAGAAGCAAUUUGCCGUAAAAGCGGUUGAACAUGCUCAGACAUACUGGAAUCUGCUCGAGAAAGUUCCUCCUCGUGUACUCAAGUUGACAAAGCUUGAUGACGAGAUAUACGAACACACUAUGUCGACUUUCCCUGAGUUCAACGAGGACGAUCACGCACGGCUAGUUAAGUUGGAUGAGGACUGGCUCAAGAGCGAGAUUGGAAAGAAGAAGUGGAGAGAGUUUUGUCAAGUCUACGAAAAGAAAGUGAAAGAUUACAAUUUUGGUUCUCUCAUCCGCACAGAUGCAACGCAAGAGUAUGGGGAGACGAACACCAUCUUUGUGACACGGAUACAGUUCUACGCUAUCGAGAUUGCUCGGAACCGGCUCGGUCUCAAUGACGGAGCACACGAGAUUGCCAAGGCAGAUGCCGAGAAGGAGAGAUUGAAGAAGGAAAGGGCGGCGAAGAAAAACGCCACAUCAUAGCAUCAUCGUUGCAGGCUCGGUGCUGCUUCUCUCCAGUGUCGUGUAACCUUUGACAAUUUUUGUAGGACUAAUUACAGGGGUGUGGGUAUUAUGUAUGUUUUCACCUCGGCACAGUUCGAUGAUGUGCCAUCAGAUGAUAGAAUUCAUUCGUCCCGCCCAAUGAUGAUGUCGAAGUGCCUGAAUUAUCUACAGCCCGACGA